AUGGGCAGACUGCUCACCACACUCACCACCGUCUUGCGAAUCUUCACGGGCCUGAUCGUCUCGCUCUUUGCCUUGCCAAUCUUCGGUAUCUGGCGCCUCCUUCUACUACUGUUAUUCAGUAUACAGGAGAUCCUGAAACUACUCCACAUCCCCACCAUCGCUAUAUAUCCUCUGGCAUACUCGUACUUCUCCCACUGUUGGCAACACUUCCUGAAGUUGCGCGCGCCAGCACUCGUAAUAAAGCACUGGAUACGCAUCACUGCUCUAACGCUAUUCAUCAUAUCAACCGGCCUCUCAUUCACAAUCUUCGUAAAGUCUAGCAUGCUGUUCCUUCCCUGGCUGCUCAACCCCAAGUCUAAAUCCAACUCCUACUCCCACUCCCACCACAAACACAAACACAAUCCGCGCACAGGAACCGGCAUCCUUUUCUACACAACGCUAUACAUAGCUACCUGCGCGCCACUGUCGUCGGUCUUCGGCGUUGGCGUCGCAAGUUUCUAUUAUGCGAGAAAGUACUGGAAAUACGGCAAGUUUGAGAAGAACAUGCGGCGUAAGCCGGGGGGAAGAGGGUACUGGAGGGAUCCUACGGACGCGGCAGAUGAGGCUAAAGCGAAGGGCGUGGAGAAGCUGGAUAGGAGUCUGAAAGUCGAGGUGGAUCAGGACCAGGCUGAUGUGUGGCGAGGUAGUGUGGGUAAAGACCCGACGCCGCGGUGGGACGAGGCGGAGUUGUAUGGUGGAUUUUCAGGGACGGAGAGAAGUGGGCUUGGGGGUGUUAGUGAAGAGCUGGGAGGUUUUAUGCGACCCCAACGUGCGGUGACUUUACCUGAGCCGGCGGCGAGUUUUGCGAGCAAUCACUUCACUAAAAAUGGUGUUGGGUCGAUAUGGUCGACUGACAAGUUCAAAAGUGGAUAUGAUGGGCGAAAGAUCAGAAAAAAGGCUUGGGAUGAGGAUAUGGAGAUGAGUGCGCGGUGA